AUGUCCAACAACGGCGUUGACUUCAACAAGACUGUAGGGCACGAUGCGGGCACCCAGCCUGUGGCCUGGAACCGUCGCGACCUGCUCACCUACGCCGUCAGCAUCGGCGUUGGGCCCAAAGACCUCGACUACGCGUACGAGCGCGAGUCGGGUUUCCGUGCUUUCCCCACCUACCCGGUCGUCCUCGGUCUCAAGGGUACAUCGCAGGAUACCACUGUGUUCUCGGAGAUGGUCUCUUCUCGUUCGGCCGUGCCAGGCUUCCCCUCUCUCGACCUCAACACCAUCGUUCACGGUGAGCAGAGCAUCGAAAUGCACGCCCCGAUCCCAGUCAUCUCUGGCGAAGGUUGGAAGCUUGAAAAGCGCAUCUGCGGCGUACACGAUCGACCCAACGGUCUGAUCAUGGAGACUGAAGUGCGACUCAUCAGCCCCGUUGGCCGCAAUCACGCCACCAUGAUCGGUAGCAGCUUCUACCGAGGUGGUUCCCAGGGUACGGGCUUUAGCAAGUCGAUCACCACCAAACCGCCUACGCCCAAAGCGCCGAGUCGCGAACCCGACUUUGUGCUGAGCGAAAAGACCACCUUGCAACAAGCCAUGCUCUACCGGCUCUCCGGCGACUACAAUCCUAUCCACAUCGACGGUGGGCUGGGCGAGAAGGUCGGUCUUGGAGGUACGAUCCUCCAUGGCCUCUGCUCCUACGGCUUUGCAGCCCGUGCAGUCCUCAAGUCCGUCGACAAGAACGAUGGCAUCCCCGCCAACACGACGGGUGACAAGACCAGGUUUGAACUCGAAGCCUUUGCCGUACGAUUCACCUCCCCCGUCAAACCCGGCGACGAACUCGAAACCAAGGUCUGGUUGCUGGGUGAAAAGGACGGAAAGAAGGAGAUCGCCUUUGAACAGUUUGUCAAGAACACGGGCAAGAAGAGCCUCGGCGCGGGUUACGCUAGAGUUGUCAAGGUCGCUAAUGAGGACGUGGCCCGGUUCGCAAAGCUCUAG